AUGCUCCUCGGCUUGCUCGCGCAGCCACGCUCCGUCUAUUUCGACUUUGAACGAUGCGUAUCCGUGCCCGAAGUCACGUCCGCGAGCGAUGUUGGUGUGACUGAGAAUCCUCACAAGUCACAGCAACAUAGCGUGCCCGAAGUCGCGUCUGCGAGUAGCGGCACGAGCGGCGGCGGCGCGGUGGACGCGCUGGGGUGGUGGGACGUGUUUUCGGGUGACCCGUUUUUCGAUCGCACGGUGUGCAACGCGGUGCAGCUUUUUGCGUCGCCCGACUGCUCUGGUGCUGAGGUGGCGAAACACGUAUACAAUGGGUACAUGAGCUCUAUCUUCCCCCCCUCUCUCUUCCUGUCCCGUCCUACAUCCUCCCCUCCUCCAUCUGCCUCCCUCUCGCUCCCAGUCCUCUGCCUCACCCUCUUUCUCCCCUCUCUCCUCUCUCCCCCUCCCUCUCUCUUCCUGUCCCGUCCUACCUCCCCCCCUCCUCCAUCUACUGCUCUGCCUCUGUCUUGCACCCUGCCUUCCGUCCCCAUUCUGCCUUCUCUCUAUCUCUCUCUCUCUCUCUCUCUCUCUCUCUCUCUCUCUCUCUCUCUCUCUCUCUCUCUCUCUCUCUCUCUCUCUCUCUCUCUCUCUCUCUCUCUUUCUCUCAAGCGGUCAUGCAUUUAUGUUGAUAAUAAGGUACAGGCAUGCAAGUGUGGGUAUCGGCUGGGAGGCUAA